CCUUCGGCCGCCCCUCUACCUGCUAUACAAGGCAUGAACAUGCCAAAAGACAACGGACAGACAUAAGCAUUACAUCCAACAUCUUGUUUAGAAGUUUGUCCGUUACAGUAAUGCACCCCCACGUCGGACACCCUGUGCGGCACACUGCCCCAGAACGUGCAUUAACAACGACACGACGCGCACCCACACCCGCCAUACCCAAACAACUUCCUCGGCUGACCCCUCAUGGUCGGCCGAGGCAGGGGAUGGCGCUGACUGACACCCCCCAUACCCUGCGGCAGCUCGGCCUUCCACGCAACGACCACGACGACAGACGCCAUCAGAGGUACGACCCUGCCCCGGCAGGAUGGCACAUCAGGUAACAUCAAACCCACUUAUAAAUACCCUCUGGCUCCCAAUAGGAGGGGGGACGAUCUCACUCAAAAACUCCUCUCCACCAUCACUGACUUGAUCGUCGGAGGGGUCGGGCCGAACCACCGACCCGAUCUGUGUGCAGGUACUCGACCGCCGCCGAACCCACUUGAUGUCGUGGAACUUUCCAGUCAGAUCCCCUACAUCAGUCACCACAGCACCCCCGGGGAAGCCACGUCUGAUCCCAGCCAUUUGGAGCCCUGAACCAGCCGCGUCGACACAGAGGUCACGGCUAAAAAAGCAUCCGGGAUUACAACUGAUUCACAAACAAGCCAUGCUGCAAAGAUCAUGGUUAUAUCUAUCAUUCCAUUUAUCAUUGUGCAACUGCCAAGAGUUUUCAAGUUUCUUUCUGGACGUGUAGCAGUCUUGAUUGCUCUCAUUGUUGCAAUUGCACUCUUGGUGUCUUAUUGCUUGUAUCAGGUCCUUCAGCCAUGGAUUCACAGGAGAAAACUGGAAUUUGCGGAGCAUAUGCUUAUGAUAUUAGGAAUUCUAGGACAUCCUCAGACGGCAGCCCUAGGACGGCUUAUGGAUGAUGAUGGAAGACCUAAUAAACCUGUCAUUGAAAAGCUGUUUCAUAAAAUAGAUCAGGAUAAAAAUCAAUUAAUAUCACCUUCAGAGUUAAGAGCAUUUAUCAUAGGGCUUAAGAUCCAUGAGGUAAAUUUGGAUAACGAUGUUGUCGUAGACAAAAUAAUGAAAGAAUUUGAUACAUCACAUGAUGGCAACAUUCAAGAAGAGGAGUUUAUUAAGGGCAUCUCAAAAUGGAUUACUAAGGUUAAUCAUCGUUCUUCUGCAUCUCACUCAAACGACAUUGUUGAUUAUUACAUGGAAGCAAGGGAGCAACGCAAUAUGCUUAUUGAUCAGAUUGAUGAGGCUGCAGUAGAAAAUAUCAAAAAUCCAGCAUCAACCUGCGUUACAUCAAUCCUGCUUUUGAUUCUCGGAACUUCCAUCGCUGCUGUUUUUGCUGACCCUCUUGUGGAUGCUGUUGAUAAUUUCUCAAUUGCUACAAAGAUACCUUCCUUUUUCAUAUCUUUCAUUGCAAUGCCAUUGGCUACCAACUCUAGUGAAGCUGUAUCAGCAAUUAUUUUUGCCAGCCGAAAGACGCAAAGAACUGCCUCACUAACUUUUUCCGAGAUAUAUGGUGGGGUGACGAUGAACAACACCCUAUGCUUGGCCGUCUUCUUGGCUCUUGUUUACGUGAGACACUUGACAUGGGACUUCUCGGCGGAAGUGCUGGUCAUUCUCAUAGUAUGCGUUGUGAUGGGCAUCUUCACGAGCCUCCGCACCACAUUCCCACUUUGGACUUACUUUGUUGCGUUCUUGCUGUAUCCGCUCGCUCUGGUUCUUGUUUAUGUGCUGGACUUCAUCUUGGGAUGGUCAUAGAUCAAUUACCCUGGUGGUGGAGCACCAGAUGUUUCAUUUUGUACUACAAAAAUCUUGUUUUAAGAAAAAAAAUACUCUUUCUGGUGAGAAUGCUUGGAUUUCAAAACAGUGUGUGGAUCAAAGCUUAGAAACAAGAAGAAAUAAAACGACUUUUUUCAUAAA